GCAUGGGGCUGAGAUGACCACCGGCAUCAGCAUUCCUGUGGUGGAUUUUGCUCCAACUUCUACGGCACCUGCCUCAAUUGCUUUCACGGACACAGAUCCUUCGCCCGGUGAGCUGGGAGGUACCAUCACAGUUGGCCGAGCAGCAGAUGAGUCGCAAGUCACCCACUAUGCCAUCUAUUGGGGAUCUUCAGAGCAGGUCACCUUGGAGCCUUUUGUGCAGGAGAUCCCAGUGCCGGCCAACACACCACAGCCUUCAGGCGCCACGCACUUCCUAGCGUUCGUGGUUGCUGCCAGCGGCCAGGGCUACAACAGCGUGGCGGUCCAGGUCAGGGAUACGGACGAAUCCCGUGCACCAGGAGGCCUCAGCUUCCAGGACACGGAUCCGGGAGCCAUGACCGUGGGUGGCAUUGUGACAAUUCAGCGGGCAGCCAGCCAGACAGGAGUCACGGCCUACAAUUUGUAUUGGAGUACUGGCUCCUGCUCCACCCUCGGAGGGCAGAUUGUAAGCGUGCCAGUUGCACGGACGAGCAUCGCCCCCUACUGCUUCUCAGGAAAUGCUUGCGAUAGCAUCACAAUACUACAAGAAGGUGUUGGGGUGUAUGUGAUCUCUCGAGGCAUGAGCGGCUACAGGAACGAUGAGCACGCGAGCUUGUACCUGGAAGGGCCAGGCAGAAUCCGUUUCUCCCGCUUUGGGACGGAGUCCGGCUACGACAUCCUGACUAUCGAUGGGCUGCCACAUUCUGGCAGCAGUGUGCCAGCAGAUGUUCAGGUUGGGGCCGGCCAGAAGCAAGUCGACUGGUUUUCGGACUUCAGCGUGACCAGCAGUGGCUGGGUUUUCACCUUCGAGUCAGAAGGGAGCUUUGGAGAUGUGGCCUACAACCUGCCUGACGGCACCUUCCUGCCGAGCUCCGCCACUGAGAUGAUGGUCUUCUCCGUGAGUGACGGUUCGGAAUACAGGGCGGCAUGUGCUUCCACAGCAGUGUCAGAUUUCGCUCCCCCCAACAACCCACCUCAGGAGUUGUGGUUCAUGGACACCGAUCCGGCUGCUGGAAGUGUUGGUGGUGACCUAAUCAUCCUUCAGGCUCGAAAUCACACCGCCCUGGAGGCUUACCAUGUCUACUGGGGAUCCAACUCGACCCAUCCAUUGCCCGACGUCCCCAUGGUUGCCUCCGUGGCUGCCGGCACAGCUGGAACCAACCUCACCUUCACCAUCGCAAGUGGGACCUCCUUGCCAACUAACGCCAGUACGGCCGCAAGUGUGGUGGUGCUUGACUACGAGCCAGCUGAAGAUGCCGCCACAUCUGUUGCCUUUGUGGACAUUGACCCAACAGCAGGGACCAUCGCCGGCCAAGCCUUCAUCGGCCGCGCCACGGACGAGUCCUCUGUGGACUUCUACAAUCUUUACUUCUCGAGAGGCAGCACUCCGCUGGCGCUUAUCACAUCCGUCCCUGCACCGACGCUUGCAGCCAGGCCAACAUGCUCCGGCACCAGCUGUUCGCAGAUCGAGAUCAGGUCGGUAGCUGGUGGUAUCGCCUAUGAGGUCGCCCGAGGAACCACGUACGAUAACAACGAGAUGGCCAGUAUUGCUGUGACGGGUCCAGGCACUUUGAAGUUCACCUUCUUCCAUACGGAGCAGGGCUACGACUUCCUCACCAUCAUGGGGAACGCCUACUCUGGCAGUACCAUGCCAGCCGACAUAGCUAUCCCGUCCGGCACCUCGGAGAUUGUCUGGCGGUCGGACGGUUCCGUGACCACCGGCGGCUGGAUCUUCCGGUUGGAGUCGGGAGCCAGUGACACCCUCGAGACGCAAGUGAGCCCCACAGCCAUUCCAUCUUCUGCAGACAGCUUGCUGGUCUUGACAGCCUCGGAGGGUGGAGAGAUGGCAACCGGAAUCUUCACCUCGUUGGCCGACUACAACCCUCCGAGCAUUGUCCCAUUAUCUUUGCAGUGUGCAGACACGGACCCAACCAUCGGCGUCUACAGCGGCUUCUGCAACGUGCGAAGGCCAGAGUCAGAAGGUGGAGUUACGGCCUACGAGAUCUUCUGGGGCAGAAAUGCUACUCACACUCUCCCCGGAGCUUCAUCGCUUGGCCGAGCAGAGUUGAACGCAUCCUCAGGGGAGCUCGUGACAGCCAUCAUCGAAACUACUUCGAUCAACCCAGCCGCAACGCACCUCGUUGCCCUCGCUGCAGGCCCAGGCGGUGUCGAGGACUUCAAGUAUACAGCAGAUUUGUCAAAGUUUCGCCCAGGUGUGGCUCCGUUUGGCAUCGGAGCCCCUGUGAUGGAUAACUCAGGCCUGACCCUGAAUCCUGGCAGCCUCAACGUGGUGGCUACGCCAGGCUCUACCUCAUCAAACAGCAUCACAAUCACCAGCGACGGCUCUGAGGACAUCACCCUGCACGUGGGCCUGGUCUUCGAGGAUGACUCGGCACAGGGAGCCCUCAGCGAAGCUGCAUCCCUCAGCGCUCCAGGUAAGAAGCGGUUGCUGUACAAGACGAAGUCCAAGAAGCUGGACGCAACGGGCAGGCGACUGCAUGCAAGGCGUGUGGAGGCAAAGCAUGGUGUAAAGAUCAAAGCUUUCGAGCGCUUGGGUGGCAUUUCGUAUGCAGAGAUGAAGAAUGCAUCGGUGGGGCAGUUCUGCCAGAUGUUCGUCGAUUUGGAGAACGAUCCUGCUGUGGAGUUUGUGGAGGAGGAUAUGACGUGGGUCGCUUUAGGCGGCAAGCCCAAAGUGGAGGACAUGCUCUUCCCUCCUCCAACACUUCAGCCGGAGCCGGGGUCCAAGCUACAUGGUCGAAUGCACCGCCGACAGGGUGUUUGCAGCAGCUGCAGCGCCCGCACGGAAGGGCAUCCGAAUGACGGAGACUUCGAUGAACUCUGGGGCAUGCACCAGGUGAAUGAUGUGGACAUCGAUGCUCCGGAGGCCUGGGGCAUACACCAAGGAUUGAACGGAAAGGUGGUCAUAGCCGUCAUUGACACGGGUGUGGAUUACAACCACGAGGAUCUUCGCAAUCAGAUGUGGGUCAAUUCUGGCGAGAUUCCCGGGGAUGGCAUAGACAACGACAACAACGGCUACGUAGAUGAUGUCUAUGGCUAUGAUUUCUAUUCCGACAGCGGGGAUCCCAUGGACUCGAACGGCCACGGAACCCACUGUGCGGGCACAAUCGGUGCAGAAGCAGGUAAUUCCGUCGGAGUUGCUGGUGUCACCUGGAAACCCCAGAUGAUGGCCUUAAAGUUCCUUGGGGCCGGCGGGGGCAGCACCAGUGAUGCUAUCCGCGCCGUGGACUAUGCCGUAAUGAUGGGUGCCCAGAUCAGCUCUAACUCCUGGGGAGGUGGUGGCUACUCCCAGGCCUUGGUGGAUGCUAUCGAUGCAGCUGCAGAGGCGAACCACCUCUUCAUUGUGGCUGCUGGGAAUGAUGGGAGGGACAACGAGAUCACCCCAACCUACCCAUGCAACUACGAUCGGCCCAACAUGAUCUGCGUGGCGUCUACAGACAGCGCAAACGAUAUCUCCAGCUUCUCGAAUUGGGGUACUACUGUUGUGCACAUUGCCGCGCCCGGAACCAGAAUCUACAGCACCUACCCCAACAACCAGUAUGAAUUCUUGUCGGGCACGUCCAUGGCGACGCCACAUGUGUCUGGUGUGGCAGCCCUUGUGCUUGACUACGUGGACACUUUGACUUGGCAAGAGCUUCGAAACAUCAUCCUGACCUCGGGGGUAAAGUUUUCGAAGUUUGACGCCAAGGUGUCCACCGGUGCCUUGCUGAACGCCCACGGUGCACUUCAGAUGGCAAGUCAGUUUGCCUGGGCUCGGGUGACCGGCCCUGCGGCUUCUGGAAGCAUCACAGUGCCAGCUAAAGGCUCAGCAACCAUCUCCGUAGAGCUCGGGAAUGAGAGGAUGGAGGAAGGAGAAUAUCGGGUGGCUUUGAGGAUCUGGAAGCAGGUGGACAGCAUCCUCUACUCGCGAUUGGUGCCGAUCAUUUUCACCUUGCACCGCUUCGGGUCUGUGGGUUCGGGAGGCAUAGAGUUCCAAGACACGGACGCCAGGCGGGAUGUGAUUGCGGGUGCCCUUACCAUCACCAGGGCGACGCCCCAACAGGAAGAGACCUUCUCCCAGUAUCACAUCUUCUGGGCAAACUCCAUGCAGCAGAGGACUAGCGACACGCCACUGGCAACUUUGGAUACCGGGAAUGUGCUUCUGGACAACUUUGCCUUCUUCGACAAUGCCUUCUGGUUCCCCCCAGACUCCGACACCGCCGGGGCGAGCUGGUCUGUGUCAAGUGGUGCAGCCGUUUUCUCAGGCUCCUACGACAGCUCGCACUUGACCAUGGCGCGGCGGUUUGCUCCGCCUUUCACCAUGAAGGCCAAGGUACGAAAGACUGCCGGAGCUUUAGCGCACAUGGUCAUUCAGGUUGGUGGAGAUUCCGUCAGUCUUUUCGGUGCAGGGGGUCUUCGGGCCAUGAUGUUUGGAUCCCAGAAGAUCUUGGUCGCACCAGAUGGCUCGCACUACUCGACUCCUUGCACUUUAGGAACCUGGUUCGAGGUCACAAUCACCGUCCUGGCAUCCUCCGUGACUUUUGCCGACAACCAAGCAACCCAGGAAAUUGUGCAGGCGAUCUCAAGCUCGGAGGAGACCAAGAGCAUCCGAAUUGGCGCCGAUUGCACUGGCGAUUGUGCCGGAAGCGUCUGGGACAGCUUCGAGGUGAGUGGUGGUCUCUACGCAACCUUCAACAUGCCCGAGUCCACCAACAUCCCCACCAAUGCCGCAGGAUUUGUGGUGCAUGCCUGGAACGUGCUUGGCCUUCAGGCUGAUGGCGUGUUCACCGCUCUGCAAGACCAUCGAGUUGCUGUCCGUGCAGCUCAGCCAUUGGCUGUGGCUGCUGGCUCCGCUACCACAUCGCGGCUGGUCCUUACUUGGACGCGUGGUGCCCUGAAUGACUGCAGCGCCGGCUUCGAGAGGUACCAGGUCAUGGCGCAAGGGUCCACAGAGGGCUGGUUUGAGCCGGCAGGUUGCACCAUGCUAGUGAGCGUGAACACCGAGAGCUGCACGGCGACACAGCUCAGCAGUGACACACCUUAUCAGUUCCGGGUCAGGGUGCUUUGUGUCUUGGAGGAGACGCAGAGCAUUUGGAGUGAGAUCUCGGAGACGGCAAUGACGCUUCCAAUGCCGGCAGCAGCUCCCACGACAGUCCGUGCGCGAUUGCCGAGCUCCAACGCGUUGCUGGUGUCAUGGCAGACGGGUGCCCUGAAUGACUGUGAGUUCAGCGAGACAGUCGUUGAAGGACGGGCCAGUGGAGGCAGCUGGUUCCGGCCGCAGGGCUGCACUGGCUUGACGAUGCUGAACUCCUACCACUGCACCGCAGAGGCCCUCCAGCCCGGCACGGAGUAUGUCUUCCGUGUUCAGACUAGCUGUUCAGAUCCCAUGUCAUCCAGCGCCCCCAGCGCCACCAGCCUGGCUGAGUCAACACUGAUCACCGCACAGACCUGGGAAUCCUCUCAGCGCAGAGUCCUCGCGGUCAGCAUGAGCACGGACGUUGACUUCAACGAAGUCCAGGCCAACCCACAACUUCAGGAGUCGCUGGUGUCCAACAUCAUCACUGCAACAGCCGUCCGCAUGAAUGUGGACCCUUCCAGGGUGCGCGUGGAAGUGCUUGCCGGAACGGCUCUCACGUCUGGCCGAAGGCUUUCGUCAGUCUCCACCGUCUUCUCCGUGGUGGUGGAUGGAGUGUCGGAGGACACCCAGGUCUCUGAAGUCUCUGAGAACGUGGCAGCUGAGGUCUCUAAUGUGGUGCAGCUUGAAACGGGAUCAGCCGGCCAGGUGCAGGUGGCCAGUGUCAACAGCUUGGUUGCAGCAAUACCUCCUGAGCGCCCCACCUGGGCCAUGCUUGGGACUGAUCAAGUGCAGCUGCAUUGGAAUGCCAGGCCUCUGAAUGAUUGCUCCUUCCUGGCUUGGCAAGUGAAGGCCAGAUCUGGCGACAUCGAGCUCACUCCCCCCGGCUGUGCUGGUCUUGUGAACCUCUCAACCACAUCUUGUGUCGCAAGUGGCUUUGCCGCAGGUGGCUCAUACACCUUCACCGUGUCUCUGCUCUGCGCAGACCCUGCGGUGAGCAGUGAGCCUUCAGAGCCGAGCCAAGCAUGGCUUGUGGGCUCGGUCCCAACGCUGCGCUCGGCAGAGUUGACUGCAGGUUUCACAACCUUGCUCCUCACCUUCGAUGUGGUUGUGACAUCACAGCAGCUCACUCCAACUUCUUGUGCUGAUGCCUUCGCUGAUGCCUUGAAGCAGAAGCUGGGCAGUGACUUCGCCUGCAAUGUAGCUGGAACCCAGCUGGCAGUGACUCUGGGACAGGGAGCCACCUUGAUGCUUGGGGAUUCCAUCAGCUUGCUGACUGCAGCUGGCCUUGUCCCACUCACUUCAAACCUGCCGGUGGUUGAGGUCUCAGGCUUCCUGUCUGCUUCACCGCCUGCUGUGCAGCCCUGUGCAUCUGUGACUCUCCUCUUGCAGGCAGCUGGCUCUGCAGGGCGCCCAUUGCACGUGGAGUGGCUCACGAGCUCCUCGUCCUCGAUGUUGACUUCGCUUCUGGCAGAUGCCACCAAGGACUCCUCCGCCACAGCCCUGCUGAGCCCUUCUGUGCUGGCUAGUGUGCUGGGUGCGGCGCAGGUGCCAUCAGGACAAAGCAUGAGCUUUGAUAUAGGCGCCCGUGUGACAAACUGGCUGGGGAACAGCAUUGUGAUGAACACCUCAGUGAUGCUGCUUGGUGGUGGAGAGGCAACCGCAAGCAUCAUGGCAGUUGGCCCAUCCACACUCAGCCAGUCCAUAGACGAAGACCUGGAGCUUGAAGUGGCAACAGGCAUUGUGGCUCCAUGCAACCAGUCUGAGGCCACCACCGGUGCACCAGUCACCACCUGGCAGUACCGAGCUGGGCCCAGUGCCUCAUGGAUGUCUCUUGCUGCAGCUGGCCUGGUUGACAGGUCUCCCUUGCCCAACAGAGUGCGCUUCGCUGCUUUCGCACUCUCGCCGGGAGUGCAUGAGUUCCGGGCAUCAGCGAGCCUGGCUUCCGCGAAGUCUGGAUCAGAUCAGCCAGAGGUCGUUUUCCAAGUCACCAUGGCUGAUGCAGCCCCUCCAACCCUUGAAGUCACAGGGCCCCGCAGUGUUGGCCUGGGAUGCGAUUUGAUUCUCGGCACUUCUUGGACUGGAGUGGUCCGCCCAGGCUCGACCCUGACCUUCCUUUGGACGUGCCUCCAACCCGGCGACUGCAGUUCCUCUGUCCCUGGGCGGUGCAGCGAGAAGUUUUUUCUGCUUUUGGGGUUGCAGAGUUGCUCUUACAUGGCAAGUAUUUCGUGA